GAUUAUAUUGCACGUGUAUGUAGAAAUGUAGAAACAUGGAAAUAAUGAAAGUGGUCACAGAUUUUCAAAUAUGGACAGCUUUGAAAGUCUCAAUAUGAGAUCUAUUUGGACGAGAAUGAGUGGUUUCGAUGAAGACAUUUGGGCAGAUGCAGCUCAAUCCCAGGUCACAGGUGGUGGAGAAGGCGCGCCAGUUGUUACUGAUGAGGCUAAACAGCCUGAGCAGCCAGUCCUAGAACAGCAGGGUGAAGUGAAGAAAGAAGAACAAGUGGCAGAAGCACCAAAGCCAGAAGGAGUGCCCUCAUCAGAGCCUGCGAAACCUGAGGCCGUAGUGUCGGAACAGAUAACGAAAGAGGUGGUUGCUCCCGUGUUACCAGUUGAAGAACCAAAAAAAGAAGAAACCGUACCAGCCCAAGAACCUGUCGAAGAGGCAAAAGCAGAACAGAAGCUGCCUCCUGCAGAUAAUGAUUGGCAAAAGAGAGAGAUUGAACUUUUGAAAAAGAUUGAAGAACUGGAGAAAGUGAAGAACCAACGGAGCGAAGAUGGUCUGAAGCUUGAACUGAAGGUCCGUGAAGAAGAGAUCGAUCUUCUCAAGGCAAGGGUUAGGAAUUUGGAGACUGAACUGCAAGCAGCACUUUCAAAGCCCAGUGGAAAGAACCACGAGAUGAUCGAGAAAAUCAAGCAACAACACGAAGAGCUUUUAAGCAAAGCACGUGGCAUGAUAUUUGACAAGACAAAGAUGGUGAAGAAUCAAGAGUUGCAAAUCGAAGCUCUGACCACGCAGGUACAGUCGCUGAAGGAUAUCAAUCUCAUCACCAAGGACUUGCUCGAGAUCAGGAACUCUGAAAUUAAAGCUAUGGAGGAUCGUCUCCAAGCGAUGGAGGCACGUUUCAAAGCCGAGAAGGACAGGUACGGACUGGUGCUGCAGCGGGCUCAGACUAGCAGCAAUAUUAAUGAUGACCUCCGCAAGGAAUACGAGACCCAGCUUGUUAUAUUCAAGGAGCUGAGGGAAAAAUACGAGCUAAGGGUCCAAGCAUUAGUGGCAGAGAACACGAGGCUCAAAGAAUCGGCCAAGGGAAGCACGUCCUAAUGAGAUAAUAUAUAUAAUAAAUGCCUAAUAUGUAUACGUAUAAAGACUGUCGCGAAAUAUGGUUGAUACAUUACUAUUUUGUAUGAUAUUAUUUUCUAGUAAACACACAAAUAAAU